AUGUCUCGCUACACCAGGCCCCCCAACACCUCCCUGUUCGUCAGGAACGUCGCAGACGCCACCAGGCCCGAGGACUUGCGUCGUGAGUUUGGCCGAUAUGGGCCCAUAGUAGACGUUUAUAUCCCACUGGACUUCUACAGUCGCCGCCCCCGAGGAUUUGCUUAUGUUCAGUUUGAAGAUGUUCGGGACGCUGAAGAUGCGCUUUACAACCUCAACAGGAAGUGGGUAUGUGGCCGGCAAAUUGAAAUACAGUUUGCACAAGGCGACCGAAAAACACCAGGCCAAAUGAAGUCAAAAGAACGUCACCUGUGCUCCCCCAGCGACCACAGGCGAUCCCGAAGCCCCAGCCAGAGGAGAUCGCGGAGCCGGAGUUCUUCGUGGGGAAGAGACCGGAGGCGCUCGGACAGCCUGAAGGAGUCUCGUCACAGGCGAUCUUCUUACAGUCAGUCUAAAUCUCGUUCCAAAUCACUACCCAGGCAGUCUACCUCCACGAGGCAGUCAAGAACGCCGAGAAGGAAUUCCGGAUCUAGAGGACGGUCGAGAUCCAAGUCCUUACCCAAGAGGUCCAAGUCGAUAGAAAAAUCACAGUCACGCUCACCUCAAAGGCAGACUGGCUCCGGAGCGAAAUCCAGAUCCCACGGACGACACUGUGACUCCAUAGCGAGAUCCCCGUGCAAGUCUCCCAGAGGGUACGCCAGCUCCGGAUCGAAGUCACAGACAGCAAAACAUUCCCAUUUCCAGUCACACUCCAGGUCUCGGAGUUACCAUCAUAAAAACAGUUGGUGAAAAGCAGCGUACAGCAGAGCCACAAAGGCCUGCUACAAGUUCUCACACCUCACUGUGGUUGAAGUUCUUCAAGGCCUGUAGAAAUGCGACCCGGCAUUAGUUACUUCGGGCAUGUGGAAGGAAUAAAAUCACCCUAGCUUUGGUUAAUAAAUGAUUUUAUCUCGAAUUAAGGGCUCAUCCACAACUCACUCACUGUGUGCAUUGUCGCCAUCGCAGAGCCCGUACCUGGUUCACACGGCAGCGAGGGGUACGUUCCGAAAGAGAUUGGUAAAAUGGAACCAACACAAAAAUUCUACUUAGGUAUUCAAUAUUGUUAAUAAUAUCCUCUACCAAAAUAUUUUUUAUUCUAAAGUACUUUUCACAUAAAAAAUAAUCGUGACUAUAUGUAAUUGAAUAGGCCAGACUUAAACCGUUUUGACAUCUGUGUCUUUCUUGUGACUUCUGUUUAAGCUUGAACAGAAGUAUCCCGGUUGAUACCGGUUCAAAUUGCAGCAUUCUGAAAUCUCAAAAGGUAAAAUUUAUAUGGAGAUUUCAUAGCCGCUUAAAAGAUAGCUAAAAGGUGUUUAAAAGAUAACUCAAAGAACAUUUCAUUGUUUUUUAACACAACAGCACAGACCAGUUGACAUGAAAUUGUUAUCCAUGUUUGCUUAAACUGCUUAUACAAAGCCAGGUGUGGUGGCCCACGCCUGUGACCCCAGUCCUUGGGAGGUGAGGUAGAAGAGGUAAAACCAGCAUGGACUGGGCUACAUGAGACCCUGUCUAAGGAAACUAAAUGAAUGCUUUUAAAAAAAAAAAAGUGAAACCAUCUUAGAAGUUCUAGAUUUUUGAAUGGCUUGAGACUAUAAAAAUCAUGGUGUGGGACACUCGGAAUCCACAAAAACUCAUGUUAAGCCUUACAUAUUUGAAGUAUAGUACAUUUUGUAUAAAUUCAUAUUUAUACCAUUAUUUCUAUAUAGCUAUUUUCAUCUGCAUUUUUUUCUUUUUAGAGCUCUAGUUCAAUAUCCUUAUUAUAUAAAAGUCUUUUAAAAAAUAAACACAGUACAUUAUAUCAAGAAGUUCUAGCUAACAAGAUGGCCUGGUGGGUAAACCUACUCACCAUCCAAACCUGGCAACUGAGAGCUAGCUGGGCAGUCUGAGAACAAACCCUGGAACCUGCAAGGGGCCCGCAGGUUCCCUCUGACUUCUACAAUUGUGCUAUGGCAUGUGUGCACAUGCAGACACACACACACACACACACAUGCAGACACACACACAUACACACACACACACACACACACACACACACACACACACACACACGCAUGCACGCACGCACACAUGUGCACAUUAAAUGUAUGCAAAACAUUUCAGGUCAGAACUACAUCUUCAAGCCUGAUAGGCAGCAUGUGCUUGCCAGCCCAGAAGCACUCGGGAAGCUGAGGCAGGAAUUUGAGGCCAGCCUGGGAAAUUUUGAGACCCAUCACACUUGCACACGUGCGUGCAUACAUACACACACACAGACUAGAAAGAGAGGGGUGGAAGGAAAGAGAGAAAAG